AUGGGGAGAGCUGCCCAGAAAACCCUCCUCUCUUUACUCUGUAUAGCAGCAGCAGUUUGUCAGGCACAGGACACCUGCCCAGGAGAAAAAGGAGCCCUGGGAGCUACGGGAGCCCCUGGAACAGUUGUGGAGGAAGACCUGGAAGACAUACAGUGUAAGAAAGGAGCAAAGAACUGCAAGGAGCUUUUAGCUAGAGGAAAAACCAUGAGCGGCUGGUACACCAUCUACCCCCAUGACUGUAACGCCAUGACCGUGCUGUGUGACAUGGACACAGAUGGUGGAGGAUGGAUUGUGUUCCAGAGACGGGUGGAUGGCUCUGUGGAUUUUUACAAUGACUGGAAUUCAUACAAAAGAGGUUUUGGCAGCCGGCUGUCAGAAUUCUGGCUGGGGAACGACAAUAUCCAUCUGUUAUCAUUCCUUGGUUCCCAGGAGCUUCGCAUCGAUCUCAGAGAUUUUGACAACAACUAUGAAUUUGCUCUCUUCUCGUCAUUCAGAGUUGCAGGAGAGACUUCGAAAUACAUGUUGUUCAUUGGAUCCUUUGUUAAUGGCACUGCAGGGGAUUCCUUAACUGACCACAACGGCAUGAUGUUUUCAACCCACGACCAGGACAAUGACGUGUCUGAGACUAACUGUGCUGCAGCCUAUAAAGGGGCCUGGUGGUACCGGGAAUGUCAUAUGUCCAACCUGAACGGAUUAUACCUGAAAGGACCCCAUGAAACCUAUGCUAAUGGGGUGAACUGGAUGACAGGCAAAGGGCACUGGUAUUCCUACAAGAGGGCAGAGAUGAAAAUGAGGCCCGUGUAG